AUGGAUGUGAUGGAUCGCGAUCAUACCCUGGAGUUUCUAAACCAGCAUGUGAAGACCGACAUGCUGAUGAAGCACCUCUUCACCGUGGAGGCGGCCAUGCGGGGCUAUGCCCGAAAGUACAGUGGGGACGAGGAACUCUGGGCCAUUGCGGGCUUGCUGCACGACUUUGACUGGGAGAUUUGCCCCACCCCUGAAUCGCAUCCCACCUUCGGCGCCGACAUUCUCCGUGAACAUGGUUACCCGGAGGACAUCAUCCGGGCAGUGUUGACCCACGGCGAACACACGGGCAUCCCCCGGGAAUCGCUGAUGGAGCACACCCUUUUCGCGGUGGACGAACUGUCCGGCUUCAUCCGUGCCGUAACCCUGGUGCGCCCCAACAAGAGCCUGGACGACGUAACACCCCGCUCAGUGCACCGGAAGCUUCGGGACAAGAACUUUGCCAAGGACGUCAACCGGGAAGACAUCAUUAAGGGCGCGGAGGAACUGGGCGUGGACCUGGGACGAGCACAUCAGCUUCAUAGUGGAAAGCAUGAAGCCGAUUGCCGAGCGCAUAGACCUGACUGCCGGCAAUACGGGCGAGGAUUAAUACCUCGCCCGAUAUUCUAA